AUGGAGAACAACGCCUAUAGAAUCAACCCGGAACAGCCGGUCAAAGGAGCAGUGAUCUUUCUCCACGGUUUAGGAGACCAGGGACAAGGAUGGAUGAGUGAGUUCAAGCAAAGACUUUCCAAGUACAGACAGGACAUCGACUUCAUAUUCCCAAACGCGCCAGAGCAGCCUGUCACGCUCAACAUGGGAAUGAGAAUGCCAAGCUGGUUCGACUUGUAUGGCCUUUCUCCGGACUCAAAUGAAGACGAGGAGGGAAUCGUGAAAAUGUCCAAAAAUGUGGAUCAACUAGCAGACACUUUGAUGAAACAACACAACAUUCCGUCGGAGAAAAUCGUCAUUGCCGGAUUUAGUCAAGGCGGCGCACUCGCAAUCUACACUACUUUGAGCUCCUCGAAGAAGUUUGGUGGAGCGAUUUGUCUUUCAACUUGGCUUCCUCUUCGUAAAAACAUCUUGAAGGACUUGAAGGAGCACAGAUUCCCAGCUUUCUUCGGUCAUGGAAAGUCAGACAAUAUCGUCCCUAACAAUUUCGGAAGAGUGAGCGCUGAUGGCCUCAGAAGCGUUGGUUUUGAUGUAACUUGGAAAGAAUGCGACUACCUAAACGCUUCAACCGCUUGUUCCAAGUUGAAUAAUGUCAUUUUGCCCGAAAUCAUUACACACUUGAUCGGCAUUUUCGUCCUUUUUGUCACUGGGCACUGGAUUCUCUUCGCCCUUAAUGUCCCUGUCGUAUUGAUUCUUAUCCACAGAUUCAAUUCCGUCCAAGCUGGAAGUAUAGGUCUAUACGACCCAGCCGAAAUCCACAAUCAGCGCCGGCUGAAAACGUUCAUGCACGAGAAUCUCGUCAAAAUUCUGAAUUUAAUCGCCGCUUUUAGAAUGACGUCCGCCUUUUCUCCCGAUGGGUCGGAAGCAAUGGGAAGAGUGAUCGAGCGGCGCAGACUCCGUCCUGACUCAAUUUCGGUUUCGGAUUUUUACGAUCUCGGGAAAGUCGCAAGCUUUUGUGAAUCGAUCAAGGGCGAUGUGACUUUACAGCUUAAUGACGUGCUAUUACCGGACGCUGCAAAGAUUUUGAAAGAGCUGAAAAAGAGAGUUGGUCCCGAAAGCGAAGCCAGAUUCUGCAUUCUUGCCGACUCGACCUUUGGGGAUGGAGAUGUCGAUGAAGUUUCUGCGCUGCAUCUCGACUGCCAGGCGCUGGUAUAUUUCGGCGACGCUAAUUUUAAAACCAUAACCAAUAUUCCGUCACUGAUUGUGAGUUUAGACACGAUUGAAAAGGAAAGCUUCGCCGCUUCUCUCGAUGAAGUUGUUUCAAAAUAUCCAGGAGCUGUAUUCUUGGUUGAGAAUGAAAAAAUGAUGGAAGCAGUUGGAGAGAAAUCAGAUAGCGUCAGAUUGAUGACAUUGGCGAAUGAUAUCAGCGAGCUCUCCCCGGAAACGAAAUCAUUAGAUACGGCGGUUUACAUUGGCAACACGAAAUCACCGAAAAUAGCAGCUUGGUGUCUUCAAAAUCAGCCCGAGAAGUUUGUUGCAAUUUCGAGCGACACUUUCGAAGUUGAAGAAAAUCCAGUCAAUGUUGGGAGAAUUCUUAUGCAACGAUUCUAUCUCAUUGAAAAGGCAAAGGAUGCGGAGCGAGUUGGGAUUGUCCUUGGCUCAAAUGGUGGUCAUGCGACAAGUGGAUUAUGCAUGGAUAAACUAAGAAAGCUCGGCCAAGAGGCUGGCAAAAACGUUUACAAUCUCAUUGUUGGAGAGCCGACGCCACAGAAACUAGCGAAUUUCCCAGAAAUGGACAUUUUCGUUCUGAUCGCAUCUCCCGAAGAAUCAAUUCUCCCUGCAAAAGGUUUCUACAAACCAGUUUUGCAUCCGUGGGAAUUCAUGAUGGCUUGCUCUGAUGAAGAUUGGACUGGCGCUUAUUCUGCCAAUUGGACAGAAUUGCUCGAGGCUGAGCUCAAGGCUUCAGUAAAGGAGUACGAUGUUUCAUUGUUCACGGGGAAUAUAAGAGCGGCAAAUACAAACACAGCAAUGGAAUCGUCUGCUGGAGCUUCAGGAAUGCAACUCGCAACGGUUGGAGAACGAGAAAUCGCGCUGCUCGACUCGCACAAAAUUCGCGAAUCAAGAGAAUAUUUUGGGCUGACACAGGAGCAAAACGCAGCUCCAUCGAAAAUUGUUGAUGGACGCUGUGGGAUUGCUCAAGGAUAUAAUGAUGAAAAAUGA